AUAUAAGUCAUACCUGUCACCUGCUUGUCAUGUAAUACAGGUCAAGUGUGACCAGAUAAAUAUUCUUUGUCACUACCAGAUACCUCUUAAGGGUGUGAGCUUGUAGAGUAAACAUGGAUCAGCCCUCGAGCAGAAAAAUAGGAGCACACUUCCACUCCAAGAAUUGCUGUUCAUUAUUUGGUGACAGGAACUACACGACACAGGGAAAACAGUUAGGGUUUCAGCCUUUGAGUGAUCUAUUUUCUUAGGGUUUGUUUUGUUGGUGUACUUGGAGUACACGCACUGGACGGCUAAUUCAAUAACAUCAAACCCGUAUCGGUUAGGUUGUUGUUAAAGCAUCCAAAUGGAGAGAAAAACCUCAGCUUUGAGGUCGAUGAUUCAAAAGCAUCGUCUGAAGAAGGAGGAUUUGGACCCUCGAAACUGGAUGACACAGGACUCUAUGAGGGGCUUUACUGAUUUCAUACUGAACAAGCAAUCCGAGAAAGAUGCAGACAACAGUUUUGACACCAAAGAGAUGUGUAAGUAUGUGAAGAUGAAAAACAACACGGGGAAAGGUAGAAAAUAAACUCAACUUUUAAUUGUAAGAAAAAUACAGUAUUUGGAGCAUUUGUUCAGAACAGUAUUUGGGGUUGCUCUGUCAAAGCUGGACGUAAUCAUUACACUUUUCUCUUAGUAUACUGAAUGGAUAUUUGUCGUAUGAACUACUUUGCAAGAAUAAAAAAUUGAAACAGGCUGAAACUGUUAGCGUAUACUGGGUACAUCAUGUCCCUCGACACCAAUAAUUGGUUGUGUGUCUAACCUGAACACACUGAUAUGUAAAACAUUAAACAUACAAAACUCUUAAACACUCCUGUCUUUGUCUUUGUGCAGUGCUUGAAGCAGAGAAGCAGUUUAUGGACGCAGCGAAGAAAAACGAUGUUGAGACCAUGAAGACUCUUGGAAAAGGCCUGAAUGCCAAUGCAAGAAAUGUGGUGGGUUCAAAUACAAACCCGCUGUUUGCGUUUAAGUACACUGUUUAGCCCAAUUUCUCACCAAGAAAUAAAAAAGCAUGUAGACUAAAAACAUUUUAAAACUGAAUAACAGAGUGUACUUCCUUCAGCAUGACAGGACUGCCCUUCACUAUGCAGUGGCAGGCAGAAAUAAAGAAGCGGUGCAGUUUCUUCUACAGCGCAGGGUCAAAGUGGACCAAAAGGACAAGGUAGGAGGAUGGAGAUAUUUGCAUCUGAACUCUUGGAUUACAGAAUAUUGUGGAAUAUAUCUAAUUAUUUCUGUUUUGUGUGCUGACAGUAUGGCGUGGCACCCAUUCAUCUGGCCGCCUGGUUCGGCAGUUUAGAGAUCUUGAAAUUAUUAGUGCAGGCUGGAGCCGAGCAGAAGGUUGAGAAUGAGGUGAAAAAUGACGACCUUGAAUUCAGUUCUUUUGCUUCAUAAUGGUCUAAGAAAACUGGGAUUGUUACAUUGACUUACAGUGCUCAGGAUAAAUGAGUACCCCCCUUCAGAGUUGUCAGAAAACCUUUCAUUUUCUUUCAAAAUCAACAUUUUCUAUGUCAGACUAAACAAAAUAUUCCCCUAAAUGUAGGCCAUUUGAUUGCAAACAAGAUUUUUUGAGUUGCAUACAAAGUAUUUUUUCCAAUUUAAAAUCAGGAUGCAAAAAUGAGAACACCCCAAUCAAAAUUCUGGAAGCAAAGCUAAAUUUUAGUUACUGUUUCCCCCUUAUUUUCAUCUUAUGGUAAAUAAAAUGUUAAGUUAAAAUCAGCUUUGUCGAAACUUUUGAAAUUGUACUUUUGCUCAUCUAGGUAUUUAGUAAUAAAUUGCUUGUAGUAGGGGGUGUACUAACUUAAACUGGGCACUGUAUGUCCACUUAUGACUUGAUUAAGCUUCAUUGUCCAGGAUUGGUCUUUUUUUCUACCUCAGGAAGGUCUGAACAUCUUGCACUGUGCUGCCAUCAACAACCACACAGAUAUUGUUGAGUAUAUCGUCAAUGACCUACAGAUGAAAGAACUGGACAACAAUGACAAGGUACAAACUUUUAACAAGGCAACUGCAAGACUCUGGACAUAUUUUCUGCCUAAGUUCAGAAGACAAACGUCGUUAUUUCUUCCUUAAUUUUGUUAUUUCAGUCAGGACAUCGGGCCUUUUUGUUGGCAGCAAAGCAUGGUUGCGUUGAAAUGUUGGAGUUGCUAUUGGACCCAUACAAUAUGGCCACCAUGAAGCCUAAUAAGGUGUGUGUAGAGAUAAUUGGUUUUUUAUCUAUAUGCAUCUAUCAAUAUUAUGUGGCAGUUUAUUCCCACCUGAGCACGCAUUUGUGUCACAUCUGCAAGAGGCCUCAAAGUCAAACCUUCUUUGAUGCGAGUUGUUUCCCUCCCUCCCUGCUGCCAGAGGGGGGACACGCCCCUGCACUUAGCUGCCAGGAACGGUCACUUGGACGCCAUCCAACUGCUGCUGCAGAGCUUUGAUACACGGGAUGAAGUCAACACGGUACACAAUCAUUGUAAACAUCCUUUCUAUCACAGUCUGGUUUGUGACAGUGUGUGUUCAGCGGCUAAUCCACUGCUGGAUGGUGGCUCUAGUUCGGAUUGAUUAAGAUGUAUCCAACAUGUGCUGGAAACUACAACAGCAAACCUCGCCCCUAACUUCAGCUCCGAUAAGUUGAUUGUUUUGAUAAGAUGAGCGUGUUGCUGCUGGUCAGUGAUACAUCUUUAAUCCAUUUUAGCUUAGUGAUAACUAACAUAUGAAUAUGACUACUCUGUUUUAAGGAUGUCGAAAGACUUAAUCAAUCAAUAUGAAAUCAAAUGAUAAAAAUGUAAUGUUUGCAGCCAUCAGUAUAUGAAUGUGGUGUAAAUAAGUGAAAGUGACAAGUAAUAUAUUGAAAGAGAAGAAAGACCUGUCAAAUUUAUCUUGUUCAUCUUGUUAGAGUUUGCUGUAGUUGUUAUUCAGCACCACGACUCCCUCUUUUCAUUUUAGGAUGGCGAGACAGCUCUGUACCAGGCUGCAGACAAUGGGCAUGAAGGAUGUGUCCAUGUCCUGCUGGAUGCUGGCUGUGAUCCCGACAUCCUCACAACGGUACACUUAACCUGCCCUGUUAUUAAUGAUGUACUAUUACUGGAAGACAGUGUAGGUUAAUCCAUCAUGCAGCAAAGUAUUUAUGAGGUAAAUGAUGUUUUUGUAUGAAGAGUGAGGCCUACUGUUUUGCAGGCCAAUUGCAGUGCUCUUCAUCCAGUUGCAGAGAGAGGGGAAACCUCUCUUGUGCAACUUCUGCUGGAGUACAAAGCCAACGCUGACUUCAAGAAUCAGGUGAGCAAACACGAGCUAGGUGGCAGUAGUGCACUCUUUCAAUAAGCACAUUACACAUCCUCUCCUAAGCCAACUCAAGAUAUUUUCACCUUUAGCACCAAGAAGCUCCUCUCCACUUGGCAGUGAAACACAGUCACAUCCCCAUCAUCCAUUCUCUGCUGGAGGCAGGCUGUGAUAUUAAUGUCACAGAUAAGGUAUGACCCUGCAAAAAGGGGGACAAACUAUGUUUAUAUAAUUCAAGAAACAAAUAGCGUAACUCAAUUUUGCAUUGUGUUUUCCUCUGCAAUGUCACAAACUCUUAGAGAUCCCAGACUGUAAUGCAUAUUGCUGCUGAGCUGGCCAGAAUAGAGGUGGUGGAAAUGCUUCUUAAAGCAGGGCUGGAUCUGACACUCAAGGAUAAGGUAAGACUUUUUGCAAACUCUACCAGCUAACAUAGUGUAGGUACCUUCAAACACUGUACCAAGGAAUUCCCUUAUGCUUAAAUUAAUACUCAGAUAUAACAUCAUUUUUAAAAGGCAAUGCAGCAUUAAAACUGUGAUGAAAACUAGAGCUUACAGAUCUAACUAUGCAUUUUUUUUUUGUCUGAAAUUGUGUGUGUACAUGUUGCAUUUGGAGCAGCAAGGUAAAACAGCUCUGGGUGUAGCAGUGAGAGCAGACGAGGUGAUCAUUGUGGACAUGAUCAUUAAAGCAGAAAGAUACUAUGGCUGGAGGAGGGUAAGUAGGUAAAGUUAUAUACACAACUCUUCGCUGUCAUCGUCUGUGUGAUAAUCUGUUUUUUAAGAGUGAAAAUAAACAUUUUUAUCCCUUUAAUCCCAACACCACAGUCUACACAACUUUAAUCCAUCACAAAAACAUAGACAGUUAAAAAUAAUUCAUCUCUGAGAUAUUUGAUAGCCAAUCAACCAUCAAUUCAAUUUCGGUUGCACCUUUUUGAUUUUUACAAUGUUAACCUUGACUUUCAUAUUGUUAAUCAUGCUUGAGUGUCUUUCCAAUAAUCUCUGCCCAUGCCCCUGUGCUCCCUGAGACUUGUGGCCUUUGUCAAUCUGCUGACAUGAUUUAAUUGCCCUUUCAGGCCAACCCUGAGAUUAAUGAGAGUGUACACAGCGAGCAUCCGCUAUCAUUUAAACUCGACCACCGCUCUGAGACCAAGCAGCUCCGUAUGAUGGCCUGGCGUCUUGCGUACGAGCUCCUGAAACCGGGAGACUGGAAAAAACUUGCAGAACACUGGGGCUUCACCAAAGAACAAGUGUUGGCCAUUGAGCAGCAGUGGACAGGUGCCAUAACUCACACUGACUGAACAGACACAUGACAAUGCAUUUGACAGCUGAUUAAAACUGCUAACUCAGGAACCUGUGGAAUAAAAUACCCUACCAUAAGAAGAAACCUCAAAAAAUCUUCAAUGACAUUUAAAUUUUCUUAAAUUUCCCAUUCCUUCAACAGGUCUUCAGGUUCAUUUAAUCAAAUAAUUGUUUUCUUAACUGUACAGCUGUUUGUUUUUCCAUAGGCCAGCACAGCUUUAAGGAGCAUGGGAACAGGAUGCUGCUGAUCUGGCUCCACAGGGAGGAGUUGAUUCAGAAGAGCCCUAACAAAGAACUCUACCAGAGUCUUAUCCUCAUAGGGAACAGAAAAGCUGCAAGUAAAUUCUCUUCAUGUCUAUCAAAACGUAUCAAAAGAGGAUUUUUGUGUGUGCCAAACUGUUAUUACAAAGUGUUGAUUUGUCUUACAGAUAAGAUUCGGAUGGAGGCAGAGAGUACCAGCAAUAAGGGCUGCAGCAUUUCGUGAGACAAAACAAAGAAACAUAGGAAAUGAUAAAACA